AUGCCCGUGUGUACCUUGCUGAAUGCCGUGUUGGUUUGUCGCGCUUGGCACUCCCGAGCCAGUCGCUGCCUCUAUUCCACCGUCGUAAUCAAGUCACGCGCGCACUACGACCUGUUGGUCGAGCAGUCUCGCACGUCGCCUCGCGUCAAGCAAUGGCUUGCGACUACCCGCGAUCUCGUAGCCCUUGGUUCCUACCGAGCCGAGUCACAGCGAGAAGGCAUCCUGUUCCUCGAUACCCUGCCUCUCGUCUUCGCCCAUACAUUACCUGCUCUCCGAGUACUCGACAUCCGUCGAAUGCUGUGUUACAACCUACACCCGACGUUCUACCAUGCCCUCCGUUGCUUCACCCACAUCAUGUCGCUGCGCUUGGAUGAUGCUGUGCUGGGGAAUGUUGCGCAGCUACGGCGGAUCGUCUGCGCGUUUCCGCACCUCGAAGACCUGGCAUUGGACCGGGUGACCUUCAGGCAACCACGUUACGUCAGUUCUCGACCCCCCUAUUGGACAGACACCCCGCUUCGGCCUCAGUCCAAUACACGGCUCAAGGUCCUUACAAUCUCUGCUCAUCCAAAUGCUGGCUCGGACUCCUUCAUCAGCCAAGCCAACUGGCUUGUCACUUCGGCACUGCCAGACGCUAACUGGCGAGCGGUGGCGACCGAGCUGCACGCUACCCUCUCCACGGUCCGGAGUUCCCAGAUCGAGCACAUCACUAUUGACACCAUGAUCUACUUUACGCUCGGCCGCUUGCCAGCAGACAGGGAGGACUGCAUCCCAUCAUGCGGGGAACUCGAGGCCGACCUGCGCAGUAUGCACGACGUCAUGGUUACGCCGUACUUCGAUGGGCUGAAGGACGUCGGUGUCAAGGUGAAGAUCUGGCACGAUAGGAGACGUAGUGCGGACUGGGCGGACGACAUCGCGCGAGCGACCGUUCCCGUGUUUUGUCAAUUCCUUAGGCCGUGGCACAAGCGCGGUUUGGUCGACAUCUCAUACACGACUUGGGGUGGGCUGACGACAAUCGGGAGCUGGCCAUAG